AUGUUUUCGAAAGAUUUUAUCACAAAUUACACCAUAACAGUGCUCACCACAAAAACGACAAGAGAAACUUGGGAUUCGUCUCUUGCCACCUCUGCUCAAGCAUUCGCCGAAACCUGCCCAACUAAUCACUCGAAUGCUGAUGGACUUGGAGAGAACAUUUUCUUUUCCUACAGUGCAACUGACAAAAACAGUCUUGACUACUAUGGAGCAAGAGCCUCACAGUUGUGGGAAGAGGAGUUCCAACAAUAUGGAUGGGAUUCCACUACGAUGGAUGACAACGCCUCCAACAUCAAAGACGCUACUCAAAUGGCUUGGGCUGAGACUGGUUUGAUUGGAUGCGGGUUAAAAGGAAACAAAAUCGGUGCUGAGAUUUAUCAGCCAGGAGACACCUGCACUGCUUGCUCGGCUGGCCUGACUUGUGAGACUGCUUCUGGAUUGUGUGCUUAA